AUGGCUGUAGAAAGCAGUCAGCAUGCAGCAUCUGAGUCCAUACUAGAGAAUGUAUGGGCGAACUUCAUUGGUGGAGAAGAAGCUGAUGGAGCAACUAGCAAGAUUACAACAAAGUCGUCCAAAUCCUGGCAAGAACUGCCAAGCCUGGACGGGAGAGACGGAUCCAUGGAGAUUUUACAAAGGCUACCAAGUCUUGGGAGGUGGAUUUCAAUGGGAGCUGACGCCUGGGAGGAUCUUCUUGAUGGAAUUAUUCCUUCGGGCAAUAUAGAGCAAUCCUGUAAUGAUAAUACAAGCAAAAGCAUAAGCGUAAGCACUCGAGGGCCUAAAGUGAAUUCUGUGAGAGUAGAGAAGGUGGCAACAAGACAUUACCGUGGAGUGAGGAGGCGGCCUUGGGGCAAGUAUGCAGCAGAGAUAAGGGACUCGUCGAGAAAAGGAGCUCGAGUUUGGCUUGGGACUUUUGACACAGCUGAGGAGGCAGCUUUGGCCUACGACAAGGCUGCUUUGAGAAUUAGAGGCCCCAAGGCAUAUCUUAACUUCCCACUUGAGACAGUUGCUAAGGCCAUGGGUAUUGACUACACGGAACCCGACUUCAACGCUUGUUUGUCAGCGAAGUAUCAAGGCAAAGACUCUGCCAGCACAUAUUCCGGCUUCAAUAAAAAUUUCAGAAAUCACCGAAAAAGAGAGUCUAGAGAUUGGGAGAAAAAUGGUGAUCAGGUUGUGAUGGUUGAACAGCCUAGACUAAAGAGAAUGGCUAGCGUGGAAGAGGUGCUUGAGGAUGGAUACGAUGUACUUGAGUUUCAGGAUUUGGGAAGCGAUUAUUUGGAGAGCUUGCUGUCUUCUUUUUGA